AUGUGCUUCUCCGCGGCUAAAUGGAAGAGAGAGGAGGUCCAGGAUCAUAAAUUUGAUUUCGUGGACGUAGCAGAUUUCUAUGAGGAUAGCAUCCUGCGAAAAUUAAAAUACUCUGUCCUCUUCAUGAUUGUUCUAAAGUCCAUACUGGUGUACAUAGCUGACAUGUGGACUGCAGGGAUUUUGCUCAUUUUUGACCGUUGGGGUUCAUCAGUACAACCUAAAAUUCCUUUCUUCAUCUCGAAAUGGAUCUACGUCGGUUGUAUCUUCAUGUCAUUUCUAUUACUGGCUUGGGAUAUCAAGAAGGCAAGACAUAUAAUAGCGACUAGAGAUAUUUCUUACGCAUUUACAAGCACAAUCGCCUACAGAUUCUAUACUUUGAGAAGCUACAAAAUCAGUGAACUUUUGAAGAAGAAAGUUCAAAAACGCGUUCAGAAAAGACAACAGGAGGCAACCGCGGAAGCAAAAGGGGACUUUAGUCAUCUUAAGAACAAAAAAGGUGGCGAAAAAGAAAUGUUACGUCAGCCCAAAUUACCCAUCUUUCAAGAUGAUGCGCCGUUACUUCCACCUUAUGGUCAAAUCCCAUACGCCAACCCUCCGGAUGCAAUGAUGCUACCACCAUAUGGUUCAAGAUCCGGUACACCAGGACCAACAAGACCGGGUACUCCGGUUUCUAGAAGUGGGACCUUAGGAACAAGAGCCGGCACUCCGGUUCCUAGAACUGGAACUCCAGGUCCGAGACCCGGCGUUCCAGGAAACGGCCCGCCCGGUAGUCAACGUGGACCAUUCAUGAGUCGUCGCAACAGUAAUUCUUCUAUUCGCUCUGAUAUGACGGGGUAUUCCGCCUAUUCAGGAACAACAACGUACACCCUGUCGGGUCCGGGCUAUCCUGUUCCUAGCAGGUCUCACACUCCCAUUCCUAGCAGAUCUCAUACUCCUGUUCCUAGAGCUUAUACACCGGCUCAAAUGCCAAGACAGCAGAAUCCCGGAAUCGACGCUGAGAGUCUCUAUGGUGGCGCCUUCGACGGUUAUGACUUCGACCACGAGGAUAGUUCACAUACAGCAGAUGAAUUCAAUGCUGUUGUUGACAAUUUCCGUAGCGAUAACAUGUCGCAAACAAUAAUAGAUACUAGACGCAUGCCACCUCCUGCAGCAUAUCCACCCCAUAUGCGCUCAAAUUCGCCAACACCAUCGGUAUCCUCUACGACCUCAAGUCGCGUUCGACCACAGCAAACACGCACGGUCAAUGCUGAUGUUUCGGUUUCUUCGAGGUAUUACCAGUCUGAUCAGAGAGGUCCCAGACAAAACAAUUAUGCACAACAAGGGGGUGGUCAAGCCAAACCCGAUUCCAUAUACUAA